AUUACAGGACAAUAGAAAACUGACGUCUGCUUGAGUACUCUAAACUGUGCAACUUGAUUAUGGAAUUUCAAAAAUAGUAUAAGCACUUCAAACGACUAUUGAGUAGUAUAUCGCUGAACUUGAUUUCCUGAAACGUGUGGUACAGUUUCACUCUUUUAUUCAAGCUAUAUUCAAGCUUUAUUCAAGUAUUUUAUUUUUUUAAAUACAACUUAUUUAAGCACCUCCUCAAACUCCAGUAGCCUAUUACACGUAAUUUUCACUAAACUCUAAAACAAACUACUUUUCACUAUGGGCAAUUGCGAUGUGUUGGAAAUAUCUGCGAGUGAGCUGGUGCACAUCCUUGGGACGCCUGCUGAGCUGUUUGCCUCUGGCGGUUGUGUGAUGCUGGACUGCCGACCUUUCCUCGCCUUCUCAAGGACUCACAUUCUCGAGUCUCGCAACGUCAACUGGAACUCCAUGCUCAGGCGGAGAUCCAAAAGCUCCGCGGUGAGCCUGGAAUGGCUGGUGCCUGACAAGUCGCUACUGGGCCGCCUGCGUAACGGAGAGUUCUCGCUAAUCGUGGUGCUGGAUGAGGGAAGUAGGACGGUGUCCGAGCUGAAGAGUGAGAGCCUGGCGAGUUUGCUGCUCAGCGCGCUCCAGUCGGAGGUUCAACCAUGCACUACAGAAAUCUGCUUUUUGCAAGAGGGAUUCGAUGGGUUCUUUGCCAUGUACCCAGAGCUAUGCUUUCAGUCGCCGGUUGUUCCCCUUAACCAGGCGCGGCCGGUUCAUUAA